CCUCCCGGACGGCGGCAGCGGCGACGCGAGGACUCGGUGGGCAGCGGCGCCAUGGGGCCCCUCCGAGAGACCAAGAAGGAGCAGAGAGUGCAGCACCACGAGAAGGAGCUUUCACGAAGCCGAAUUCCCCGUUUGAUUCUGCGGCCCCAUCUGCCCCAGCAGCAGCACAAAGUGUCCCCAGCCUCCGAGUCUCCCUUUUCUGAGGAAGAGAGCAGAGAGUUCAACCCUAGCAGCUCUGGACGCUCCGCAAGGACCGUGAGCAGCAACAGCUUCUGUUCAGAUGACACAGGUUGUCCUAGUAGUCAGUCAGUGUCUCCUGUGAAGACUCCCUCAGAUACUGGAAACAGCCCAGUCGGCUUUUGCCCUGGAAGUGAUGAAGACUUUACGAGAAAGAAGAGCACAAUUGGGAGCAUUGGUGAUGGAAGCGUCCAGUCAGCUCGACAUAAGAAGGAGCCGAAGUCCGGCCUUGUAAAGCCAGGUAGCGAAGCUGAUUUUAGCUCCUCGAGCAGCACCGGCAGCAUCUCGGCUCCUGAGGUCCAUAUGUCCGCUGCGGGAAGCAAGCGUUCCUCCUUUGCACGCAAUCGAGGUCCCCAUGGGCGGAGCAAUGGAGUUUCAUCCCACAAAUCUGUCAACAGCCCACCAUCCCCGCGGGAGAAGGACCUCCUGGCCAUCCUGUGCCGCGGUCAGCUGAGUCCUAUUAAUGUCCAUUCCAAUUACACACCAUCAUCCCCAAGUAGCAGCAACUCUGGCUCCUACAAAGGCAGUGACUGCAGCCCGGUCAUGAGGCGGUCUGGAAGGUACACGUCUUGCGGUGAAAAUCAUGGUGUCAAACCCCCAAAUCCGGAGCAGUAUUUGACUCCUUUGCAGCAGAAAGAGGUCACAGUGAGACACCUCAAGACCAAGCUGAAGGAGUCCGAGCGCCGGCUUCAGGAACGGGAAAGUGAAAUUGUGGAGCUCAAGUCCCAGCUGGCCCGUAUGCGGGAAGACUGGAUUGAAGAGGAGUGCCACCGGGUGGAGGCCCAGCUGGCGCUCAAGGAAGCCAGGAAAGAGAUUAAACAACUCAAACAGGUCAUCGAGACCAUGAGGAGCAGCUUGGCCGAUAAGGAUAAAGGCAUCCAGAAGUAUUUUGUGGACAUCAAUAUCCAAAACAAGAAGUUGGAGUCUCUCCUUCAGAGUAUGGAGAUGGCGCACAGUGGCUCCCUGAGAGAUGAGCUGUGUCUAGACUUCCCCUGCGACUCCCCAGUAAAGAGCUUCACCCCAAAUGCUCCAUUUGACAAGAUGGCAGAUGGGCUGUCCCUGGAAGAGCAGAUCACAGAGGAGGGAGCUGACAGCGAGCUGCUGGUGGGAGAUAGCGUGGCUGAUGGCACAGAUUUGUUGGAUGAGAUGGUGACAGGCCCUACCACAGAGCCUGAUGACCUGGCCCUUGCCCACUCUCCCCCUGGGGCAGAGGUGCUCGAGAGCCUCCCCAGGGCAGGGGGUCCGGAGGACGGCAGUGUGGUGGUGGAGCAAGCUGUCCAGACCGACGUGGUGCCCUUCAGCCCCGCAGUCUCGGAGCUCAUUCAGAGCCUGCUCAAGCUCCAGGAACCCUGCUCCUUGGCCUCAGCAUCCCCCGACGAGUCUGGGGCCGAGCUGCCGGAAAGCUCCCCAGUGUCCAGACCUGCCUUAGUGAUUGAUUUAACUCCAAGAAAUCCCAACUCAGCCAUCCUUUUGUCUCCUGUGGAGACCCCCUGCAGCCUGUUGGAGGCAGAAGUUCCUGAGAACCAACUCAUGCAAGAGCUGGAUUUUGCUGCCUACGCGGGAGAAAGGUUGGACAGCCUCAUCCCCUUAUCUCGGGGGGACGUGGGGAAGCAGUACUGGAGCAGCAGCUUCCUCGUGGAUCUCCUGGCCGUGGCAGCACCCGUGGUCCCCACCGUUCUGUGGGCAUUCAGUACUCAGAGAGGGGGAACUGAUCCUGUCUACAACAUCGGAGCCUUGCUCCGGGGCUGCUGUGUGGUUGCCCUGCAUUCACUCCGCCGUACCGCCUUUCACAUCAAAACGUAA